CCUAUUUGUCGCACUAAGAGCUUUCGCCUUCUUCUUUCUCCUUUCUCCUUCCCUCCUUCCCUCUCAUCCUCCAGCAGACAUGGCUGCUACUACUGCAGGAAGGCACUACCUUGCACGUUUCGUGGACUCAGAACCGACCAAAUGCACUCUCUCUUACUCCCAUCAUACUUCUUGCAGGCAGUCCAUCCAAGUUUUUAACAACAAAUUUCAGGUUUGUACACUAUCCAUGAAUGGGUGCCAAGGUGACCCCAAACUCCCUGUAGGCACCAUUGAAACACGUACACUAGCAGCAGUUCCAUCUCCUGCAUUGGCCAUGGAGAGGCUGAAUCUUGCCAUUAGAGAUUUGAAAUACAGCCCACCUCCCUUCAGCUCUGGCAUAAUUCGGCUCCAGGUACCAAUCCAGCAGCGAAUUGAAGCAAUCGAGUGGCUCCAUGCUCAAAGCCAGAUUCUUCCUCGUUGUUUCUUCUCUGGUAGAAGAAGUAGAGCCAACGGUGCCAAUCUCUUGGUAGACAUGGCCAAUGGAAAUGGCCACAUCUCCUUCGGCCAGAAUCUGCUUGGCGUCGCUGGUGUUGGCUCCGCCGUCUUCUUUCGACAACUUCACCCCUUUUCUUAUGAUGAUUGGAGGUCCAUUACCAGGUUCCUCUCUUUAAAAUGCCCUUUGAUUCGUGCAUAUGGGGCAAUUCGUUUUGAUGCAAGGGCCAACAUAUCACGUGAAUGGGAGGCAUUUGGUUCAUUUUACUUUACGGUCCCUCAGGUUGAGUUUGAUGAGCUUGAAGGAAGUUCGAUUCUUGCUGUAACUGUUGCAUGGGAUAAUGCCCUUUCAUGGACAUGGGAUGAAGCAAUUGAUUCACUUGAAGCUACAAUGCACCAGGUCGCUUCAAUUGUUGUAAAGUUGAGGAAAGAAGCUUCUGGAGAAUUCAUCCUAAGUAAUAAUCACGUUCCCAAUAAGAUGCAUUGGGAUCUUGCUGUUAAGAGAGCUUUGCAGAUGAUAAACAAAAGCAGCUCACCACUCAUUAAGGUUGUGCUUGCACGUAGCAGCAGAGUUUUAACUGCUACUGAUAUUGAUCCUAUAACAUGGUUAGCUUGUCUGCAGGUUGAAGGAGAAAAUGCUUAUCAGUUUUGUCUUCAGCCACCUAAUGCGCCAGCAUUUAUAGGAAACACGCCAGAGCAACUAUUUCACAGAAAAUGGCUAAGCAUUAGUAGUGAGGCUCUGGCUGGGACCCGUGCUAGAGGUGGAUCCAGAGCUCUUGAUCUUCAAAUAGAGCAUGACCUACUUUCCAGUCCCAAGGACCAUCUGGAGUUUACUAUAGUACGAGAAAGCAUACAAAACAAAUUAGAGUCUGUAUGUGACAGAGUUGUUGUCGAGCCAAAGAAAACAGUACGAAAGCUUCGAAGAAUUCAACAUUUAUUUGCCCAAUUGGCUGGUAACCUGAAAAGGGAAGAUGAUGAGUUUGAAAUAUUGUCUUCUCUCCACCCAACCCCAGCAGUUUGUGGAUUUCCAACAGAAACUGCACGUCUUUUCAUUUCAGAAACUGAAAUGUUUGACCGAGGAAUGUUUGCUGGACCAGUUGGUUGGUUUGGUGGAGGUGAAAGUGAAUUUGCUGUUGGUAUAAGGUCAGCACUAGUGGAAAAGGAUCUUGGUGCAUUGAUAUACGCUGGAACAGGGAUAGUAGAAGGAAGCAAUCCCUCUUUAGAAUGGGAUGAACUAGAACUCAAGACAUCUCAGUUCACCAAGUUGCUUCAAGUCAAGGUUCCUUGGCGAUGAAUAUUUGAGAAUUUGGAGACUAUCAAUUAACAAGUUCAUGCUCUGAAGACUGGGGUGAAGUACAUUAUUUCUGGAGCUUAUUUGCUUUUACAAAAUAAUGGGCAGAAGAAAUUCAAUCCUGCUAUGGAAGGUAAGAAACAUUGAAGUGGUUCAUUUGGUGCCUAUUAUUUCGUGGAAACAUUUCUGGUUUGCGUUGCUUCAAUUCAAGAUUGAGUGGCAGCACAACCAACAACAAAUAUUGGCAAAUUGUUUCAACCGAGACUUCUAAUUUGUUUCCUAUAGUUGAUUUAUACAUAGGAAAGCGUGAUGCAGGCUAUUCGGUUUUGUCAUUGUAGAUGUAUCAGUAACAUUCAUGAAUCUACUUUACUUGAAAUUUUUGAAAUUUUAUUUGUUAGCAUAACGUGAUUAAAUGUAAUCAUUCCUUCUACAGAUUGCUAGUCUUCUUGGUUAUUUCUCCGCAUGUAAAUGUCCUUUUUGGUAUUCUAGAAUAUGACCAUGAUGUCAUGUUCUUCCUGGAUAUAAGGACUGAUAACCAGGAUGAUACUUUUUAUCUACCCUGAGUGAGUUAUUCCUUCAGUAUUUUCUGGAGGUCCUUAUGGAAAAUUCUCUCUGGAUGUUGUUGUUUGGCA